AUGCAGAUCAGAACUGUCGCACUAGUCAUCAGCAUCCUGACUGGGGCCUUGGCCAUAGCGUGGCCAUCGCUGCCAUGGCACUUGCUGCGGAGCAAGGACAGCGGUGCUACCUGCCCCCUGGGCUUUGGCAGUCUCAGCAGCGAGCUGCCCUCUCCACAUGGUGACCGUCUGCCUGGGCUGGGCCCAACCGGCAGCCCGCCCACGCUGGUCCUGUAUGCCAAUGCCAGAGUGUGGACCGGGGAGGCCGCUGCUCCGCACGCCCAGGCGUUUGCGGUCGACUCCGCCACAGGGCGCUUUGCCUAUGUGGGCAGCCGGGAUGGAGCACCCGCCGCGGCACAAGAGGUUGAUCUGCGGGGCGCACACGUCAUCCCCGGGCUCAUUGACAGCCACCUGCACUUGAUACCAGGAGGCCUCAGCCUGUCCCGCCUGGACCUCAGCCCAGCCGCCAGCAAGCAGCAGUUCAUCGCCGCGGUGGCGGCAGCCAGCACGCGCGUCCCGAGCGGCGGCUGGCUGCUGGGUGGUGGCUGGGACGAGAGCCGCUGGGGAGGCGAGCUGCCCAGCGCAACCUGGAUUGACCAAAUGACUCCCACCACCCCGACCUGGCUGGUGCGACACGACGCACAUAUGGGGCUUGCCAACUCCGCUGCGCUGCGGCUGGCGGGGAUCGGGCGCGACACCCCCGACCCGCCCGGCGGCGCCAUCCUGCGGCAGGGAGGCCCCGACGGGCAGCCCACCGGCCUGCUUACUGAUGCAGCCAUGCAGCUGCUGGCGGACAUCAUUCCACCGCUGUCGGUUGAGGAGCGGCAGCAAGCAUUUGAGGCAGCGGUGCAGCAUGCCCUCAGCAAGGGCAUCACAAUGGUGCAUUGCCUGGGCAGGGUUGCAUUCAUGGAGGGUGAGGAGGCGGCUUGGCAGGACUUGGAGGAGGUGUAUCUGCCGGCCGCCAACCAGGGCAAGCUUCCCCUGAGGAUCUACGCCUUUGUUGCCCUCCCCACCUGGCAAGUGGCGCUGCCGACCUGCCUGCCCGACAGGAAGCGAGCCUUGCGGCGCAUGGCAGAGCGAGUGAAGCAGCUGGGCAAGGCGCACCCCGGAGGCAUGCUGCAUUGGGGAGGGGUGAAGGAGUUCGCAGAUGGCAGCUUGGGCAGUCGCACCGCACUCUUCCACGAGCCUUAUGCCGACGAGCCGGGCAGCAGUGGCACGCGCACCAUUGAGCUGGACAGGCUGCGCCAGCUGGUGGUGGAGGCAGAUGCUGCGGGGCUGCAGGUCGCUGUGCACGCCAUUGGCGACCGUGCGGUCGAUGAAGUGCUGGACAUUUAUGCCGAGCUGGCGCACAGAAAAAAUAGCAGCAGCGGCGGUGUUGGCGGCGGCAGCGUGCCUGUACGUCGGCGGCACCGCAUCGAGCAUGCCCAGCACCUGUCCAGCCCUGAGGUGGCGCAGCGGCUGGCGGCGGCGGGGGUGGUGGUAACCCCGAACCCGCUGCACCUGCUGGCUGACAUGGCGGUGCUGCAGCCGCGGCUGGGCAGGGAGCGAGCGGGGGCGGGGCGCACAUAUGCGCUGCGCACGCUGGUGGAGGCAGGUGCCACCACGGCUUGUGGCUCCGACUGGCCCGUGGUGCCGCUGGAUGCGCUGGGUAGCCUCUAUGCGGCAGUGCACCGGCAGGCGCCAGGGGGCGGCGCCGGGCCCUGGGCGCCAGAGGAAGCGCUCAGCGUUGCUGAGGCACUGGAGGCACACACCCUGGCGGGCGCUGCGGCUGCGGGGCUGGAGCGGGAACUGGGCAGCAUUGCAGUUGGCAAGCUGGCCGAUUUCGUGGUGCUUGGGGCCACGCCCGGAGACGCGGCGCCAGAGCCCCAAUUCCUGGCCCUCCCUCGCUGCCCGGGCACCAACAAGACGCUGGGGGACGCCGAGAAGCUGGGCUGGAAGUUUGCGCCCGUCAUCUACACCCACCCCAUGGAGCGUUACCAGCUGCAGUCGCCCGACACCUGGUUCAACGCAUCCGAAGUGUUCUACCAGGACCUGAAGAACGAGAGCCAGACCAUCUUUUCGUGGAUGAGCAGUGACAUCACCGACACGCUCAUGAGCUUUGUGUCCCUCAUCAACUCCAGCACCACACGUGGCGCAGAGCGUUCGGCCAUCAUUGCCGGCGCGCCGUUUGUGGAUGGCCGCUCCACCGCCCGCCUCUUCUACUCUGUGGCGGAGGUGUAUGACCAGCGGGGGCCGGGGAGGGGUGCCAAGGUGCCGGGCCUGUGGAUCUGGAACGGCUGCUCCAACCAAGAGUUUGCCCUGAGCCUCAAUGGCACCCGCGAGCUGGUGCAGUACCUGCUGUGUCCCUAUGGCGUUCACGAGGGCGACUGGGAGCACAUCUCGCUGCUAACUGCCUACUCGCAGCAUGGAUGGUGGGAGACGCGAGACUGCACCCAGCCGGGGCAGUGCCCCAUGGAGGCAGACGAUGUGGGGGUGAUGCACCCGGUUGCUCACUCUGGCUUCGAGUCCCAUGCCAAUUACUACGAAGAAACGGAGCUGAUGGUUUAUGCCUGGAAAAAUGCAACCUUCAAAGGUGUGAGCCUGGACAACCUAGGGGGCGUGUGGGUGGGCGACCGCACCAAGGCAGACAGAAGCCGCAAGUUUAUGCCCAACAGCACCAACGUUGUGCGGGUGCCCAGCCUGGAAGAGAUUGCCGCAACGAACCUGACGGGCUGGGAGUGGGCCAUCUACCCAGGGAACUGGGGCGCGCCGCUUGCAAAGCAGAAUACCACUUUUUAUUGCUUCGACGAGAACCAGACCACACUGUCCAAGUGCCUGGAGAAUGCAGCAUCUCGGGCGCUGCAAACCACCUUCAAGCUUCUGGACACGUUGUCGCUGGCAACUGGCGGCGGCAGCCUCCUCCCAAACACUGGCCUAGGAUUUGAUGAGGAGACCUAUCAAGCGCAGGCUUCCAGCAACAACACGUGGGCCGCGCCAGGCGCCAUCACGGGCCCACUGUACCGCACCUGGACCUACCAGUGGCUGCCCGAGCGCCACUCCCCCAUUUUUGACUCAUUCAAGGGCAAUGAAACACUCACCUGCCCCCAGGAUGCCCAGAUUACGCUGGCGUUCCCAGAUGUCAGCGAUUUCCGCACCAGCACCUCCAUCCAAACCAUUGUCAAUUACCUGGUUGGCAUUUGUGUGGGGGCCGUCGUCAUGAGGCAAGCCUCUGCCGGCCAGCCUUGGGCCUUCAGCACUGCCGUCUUCAUCCUGCUGCUGGCGAUCCCGGGCCUGGCCGCAAAGACACUGAGGGCCCCCAAGAUUCUGUAUGGGGCUAUCGAUGUUGUUGUGCCAGAGACGGCCGACGAGAGCACGGCAAAGCUAGUGUGGCUGUUUUGGGCGGGUGCGCUGUGGGUUGCUGCAGCCGUCCUGCUGUCGCUGGGCACGGCCAAGAUGAUGAACAACUCAGUGGCGUCGACCGCAGCGGAGAUCUUGGGCACCACGGCUGCUAUCCUGGCCGUGCAGUGGUUGGUGAUCGGCUCGCUCAUCAUCACGGCCGUGUGCGACCUGGCGUCCAUGUUCAUGGUUCUGCUGUCCCACAAGCCCACCCUAACUUUUUGGCGCUGGCGCGUUCGCAACCGGCUGUACUCCGAAUGGGUGCACCGCCAUGUGUUCCGCAUAACGGUCGCGCUGGCUGGUUUGAUGGUUAUGGUCAUCUCACUGGCCUGCAUUCUGUUUGGGCUGGGCCUCAUCAUCGUCACCGUCCAGCUGGCAGUGCGGCUGGCCUGCUCCGAGAUAUCCAGCCUCGACGUCGACCAAAUCACCGUGGACGCUGUCUGCCUGACCAUUCCUGCCAUCUCCGACGAGCCCAUCUGCGGCUGGCAAGUGUUGGAAGUUUGUUACGACAUCACCAACAUGGGCGUGCUAUCCCUGGUUCUAGGGGCAAUGUUUCUGCUGUGGAGCCACAUUGUGUGGCUCAUCCUGCUGCUCCUGAGCAUCUGGCGCUAUCUCGACUUCAAGAUCGUGCUGCCCCAACAGCCGGCGGCAGCAGCCGGCGACGGCAGCUGCGCCAGCGGCAGCGCCACCGCCAGCAGCAGCGCCGCGCUUGCAGCGGGGGCCGAAGCAGGGGACAGUCCCAGCACAGGCGACGGGUUAGAGAAGAUCCGGGUUGCGGUGGACGCCUCACCGCUUCCUGCUGCUGGCUUCAGCAACAAUGUUUAG